AUGGCGAAAACAGUGGACGUGUAUGGCCUGAUUGAAGAGAUCCGCUUAAGGCCGGUUCUGUGGGACCUUAAACAUGAGCAAAACAGUAAUCGAGCGGUUGUGCAGAACUGUUGGGAGAAUAUAGCAAAGAUUCUUAAGGCAGAUGUUCGCAUUUGCAAGGGUAGAUGGAGAACCCUGCGCGAUACCCAUAGUGCUCUGCAACGCAGAGGAGUUUUUAACAUGAAGCGACGAUGGCGUUAUUUGGAUGCUUUGUAUUUUCUUAAUGGACAAGAGCGAAAGCGAAAAAGACGCAAAGGCGAAAAUAAUGCAGAUGAUCUAUUGGCAAGUGGAGACUCAUGGGAAGGCAAUACAACGACUUAUAAUGGCAAUGAAGCAGCAAAGAGAAAAGUUGAAAUUGGCGAUAAAAAUUCUCUGAAUUCCAUUCUGAAUGGGUCUGAUAUAGUGGAGCAUAAAAACUUGAAUGAGGAUUAUAAUAAAUUUUACACCAUAUUUUGUGAUGAAGAAGAGCAGAGAAGGGAGAUGGACCUUAUGGAUGGUCUGAUCCACAACGAUGACAAUGCAUUUGAUGAUCUUUUGGAUAUAUCUGAGGACUCGGAAGAUAUGUUGCCAACAAGCCAUAAUAUUUGGGAUAGAAGUGGAGUAGAAAUAGUAAAGCCUAUUGAUAAGGACACAAACAACUAUGCCCAGCCGCCUCAUAAGGAAUGUCCAAAAGCCAGCAGUGAUGUAAACAUAAAAAGAACUUUUGCGGAUGAUGAUAGCAUAAAUCAAAGCUCCCACAGCAUAUCGAUACUUCGAAAACCAAAGAAUGUUUAUAACUCAUCUGCAUCUAGAACGCAGCUGCCUACAAAACAUGUACACUUUCCCGAAAAUCUUGGCCAAGCAAGAGUUAGUUCUAAAAAACCCACUCAAGUUCAUGCCAAUAAUUUUUCAGUGCCUGUUUCGGAUGAUCCGGAUUACAAUUUCCUUAUGAGCUUUCUACCCUAUAUGAAGGCAAUGAAUCAUUUACAAAUUCUUAAAUUUCGCUCAGGAAUGUGCGAACAGAUGUUGACAAUUCUAAACCCCCACACAAAUGGAAGACAAUCUACGGGGUCAUUACAAAGAAAUCCCACUGUUGCCGUAAUGCCAAAUUACUUGACGGGAAGUAGUGCCAAUAAUGUUGCAAUUAAUGCGGUUACCUCCACUACCUCAUAGACCAUACAUUUAGAAAUAAGUCAUUUGAGAUAUUCUUUAAGUUUGUUUAAAAUAAAUGUU